CGACACGGAGCUCGACCAAUGAGGUCGAGUCGGUGCCAACUGCGCGAUGCAAUUGGUUGCUGCGCGUCACCUCCGUUUCGUAUAUAUACGCGUGAAUCCGGAGUCGAGCGCUCAAUCGACAGUUAUACCUCGUCGAGUCUACAACGCAGUUUUGCUGAUAUUUCAUCAUGCCAUCGAAGACCAGUGGUAAAGCGGUGAAAAAGGCGGGAAAGGCCCAGAAGAACAUUAGCAAGACCGACAAGAAGAAGCGAAAGAAGAGGAAGGAGAGCUAUGCCAUCUACAUCUACAAGGUUUUGAAGCAAGUGCAUCCCGAUACCGGAGUAUCCAGCAAAGCCAUGAGCAUCAUGAACAGCUUCGUUAACGACGUGUUCGAGAGAAUUGCCGCUGAAGCAUCGAGACUGGCGCACUACAACAAGAAAUCGACCAUCACGUCUCGUGAGAUACAGACUGCUGUGAGGCUUCUUUUGCCCGGCGAGUUGGCCAAGCACGCAGUUAGCGAAGGCACGAAAGCAGUGACCAAAUACACCAGCUCCAAGUGAAUAUUUCGUUCACAUUGCACAUCCAUAUCGGCCCUUUUCAGGGCCA